GUGAGAUGCCACACACUGCUCGGUCGCUAAUCGGGGUCACCUAGACCCCAGGGUUUAUAUGUAUGAACCUCCCCGACUAGCAUUACGGAGGCCGUUAUACCAUUGAGCCAUCCAUCGUCGAUCGUGGGAAGACACGGCACUUACACAUUGAUGGGACACCAGUCCUGCACGCAACAAUGACGGAAACCUACCUCUUUCAUGUCAGCCGCUCUGAGGAUGCAGCGAAUGGAUCGUACAUGUCCUCUCGAGGAGCUCAAGCGCUGUCUGUCAGUGUUGUUUUCACCACGCUGGCAACCAUCUUCGUCAGCGCUCGCAUUUAUACUCGAAAAACCUUGAUGAACCGCAUGGAACCCAACGAUUGGAUGAUCUUGAUCGCCUUGGUCCUAUCAUUUGUCUUCAUGGGCUUGUUCAUUGUGGAGGCUUUAAAUGGGAUGGGAAUGCGUCAAGUAGACAUCCCACCUCUCAUUCUCGAGAAGCAAAUGAAGGCCUUCUGGCUUACCAUCCCCUUCUAUAACGCCGCCUUGCUCUGCGCCAAAGCCUCGAUUCUGAUGCAGUAUUUCCGUGUCUUUCCAACAAGACGGAUGCGACGCAUCUGCUGGCUCAUGAUUGCCGUAUUGGCUACAUACGGAACCUGGGCUGUGCUGAGUGCAUUCCUCAACUGCGUCCCCGUGGCCAAGUUCUGGGAUCCAUCCAUCCCGGGGUUCUGUUUGAGCUCGGAGGGCCUGUGGUUCUCCAACGCCUCGAUGCAUAUCAGCACCGACUUGGUCAUCCUCAUCAUCCCGAUCCCAGCGUUGGUGGCACUCGAGCUGCCGAAGAAACAGAAGAUCGCGCUGAUUUCAAUCUUCGCAAUUGGUGGAUUUGUAUGUGUCACCAGCAUAUGCCGCCUCGUCGCGCUAAAGAAGAUCGCCGACUCAUCUGAUCCCACCUACGACAACGUCGGCGCAGCCUCCUGGUCCGCCAUCGAAUGCAACACCGGGAUCAUCUGCGCCUGCCUCCCGACGCUCCGCCCGCUGGUCUCGCGGAUCCUGCCGCAUCUCCUGUCGACCCUCAGCGGCGGCCGGCAAGCCUACGGCACGACGCCCUUGUCCGGCGCCCAGGCCCCGACCUACUGGAACGGCACCGGCGCCACCGUCACCACCACCAUCACCACCCACCUCGAUGACCUCGAGUACGCCCACUGCGCCGGCGACGCCGACCGCUACCUCACGCUGGUGCCCGGCAACGACGUCAACGGCCAGGGCAAGCUCAUGGUCCGCGAAACCCAUCCCACCGGAGCAGGAGACUUGAAGGAAGCGUUCACCCGCGAGGAGCAGCGAGGAGAUAGCUCGUCAUCCUCGUCGCCGCCUCGAGCCGGGAAUCUGCUAGGAUAACAGGCGAUGAAUCGUAACUGUGCUGGUGCUGAUGCUGUGGCUAAUUGUGAAGGUGAGAUUUAGCGAAGGCGAAAAGAAAAAAGAGCAACGGUCCUUUUUUUAUUUCAUUUCAGUAUAUAUAUCCAGGAAACGAUAUACCCACUUCUCUCUCUUUUUUGAAUAUCUGUCACCACAGACUCUGGUGACCUUCUUUUUGCCUUGGCUGUGGUGGUCUCGUUCAUUUAUUUUUCUUUUUUCUUCUCUUCAUAUAUACCUUUUUGUGUGUCUUUGGCAUGAUUGAGGCAGUAAUGGAAUGGAUAUGAAUAAUUUUGGUCGAAUAGGGAAU